GUACGUAUACGUAUAACGUACAUGUUUUAAUUAAGUAUAAGUUUUCCCAGCUCUAAAUAAUAUAUUUUUUCCUUAACGACUGUACUCGCGGCCGGUCCAGCGACUACGUCAUGGAAAGUUCGAGAUGCAGCGGGGCGAGCGCCUUGUCCUUCCGUUGACCGCCAGGGCAGCCAGUCCGCGCCACACCCGAUAAGAUACGCACGUACGGCCGCGCACACGGAGCAGUGUCGUCUCGCGCGCCGUACGAUUUUUAAAUUCUUAAUUUUAAUGUUUGUGAGCGCGGACAAUUAUAAUUAUUAUUCAUAAAAUUAAUCCGCGACGCUUUCGCGCAUUAUAGUUAAUCCCACACCCACGUACUGGGUGCGUCGUUAUUUUUAAAAAUAAUCUCCGGUCGAAGAGACCCUCGAGCCUUCACCACCUCGACGGCAGGGCUGGAGCCCUAGUCGUUCGCCCGCCGUCGCCUCGGCUCCUCUUCUGCGCUGUCGUGACACCCACCAGCUGCGGACCUUUCGACCAGCCAGGGCAGUACCACUCCGGGUGCAAAUUUAAGACCGGCCAUAGAGUUCCACGACCCUUUAUUAAAUUCUAGUUUUUUUUAUAUAUAAUAAAGUAUUUUUGUUAACGUAGCUGGUAGUUCUUUUUCUUAUCUCUGCCAACUUUCCUAGAGGACAUAAUCCCUAGGGAGUAACGUUACAUUGGCGCCUUAAACGUGGUCUAAAUGGUCUAAAUUUGCCCCGCAGCAUUUAUGUGUGUUUGUUGUUUUUUAUUUUUGUGAAACGUUGUUUUUUUUUGGUUGCAUGUAACUUAGGUGUACCCCAAUAAUAAUAAUAAUUUUAAUUAUUUAUUUAUAAUCAAAUUUUAAUUUUAAUAUUCAUUAAUAAUAUAAUUCAUUUUGUGUGUCAUAAUUUAUUCAGAAUUUUUUACAUCAUGCUGUGCUAGUACAUUGUAGACUAGUACAGUCAGUCAAAUUUUUUAUGAAUAUUUUUAUCGUGUGAUAUUUUAUUUUGUAGUUUUGUGGUACACACAAGUUGCAAUUAUUUAAUGCUUGUUAUUUUUUAUUUUUGUGAUUGUUUAUUUUAUUUUUUAAUUUGCGCUUGAUUUUUUUUGCCAACCAAAACGUUACGUAGUUUAUUAUUGUAACAGACGGAGUAGUGUUAGUUAAAAACAAGCGUUCAACACUUUCCACGGUUGCCAUUUUGCACGUUAUUAUUAUUAUUAAUUAAAUUAUCAUUAUUUUAUUUAAAAAAAAAAGAUGGAAUUUCCUGUGAAAUUUUUGUCGCUUCAAAAGCCGGAAUUGGAAUAUGAGGUUAGCAUUCGUGGUGAGUCACCGGGUUCAACUGUCCAGGACUUGCGGAAACAAAUUUCAAAAUUAGGCCCUUUGUUUCCUUCCGAGGAUAUUUUAGAAAGUAAUUUCUCUGUCUCUGCCGAUUUGAAGGGGGUUUGUGAUGCUCUCGCAAAGGUUCAGUCGAAUUUAGAUUCACGACCGGAUAGGAACGUUUUGCUUCGCACACAAAAUCUUUUAAAUCACUUGUAUCACCGUCUCAAUCGUAUAGUAUGUGAUGAAACGACCAAACCCAUGUAUGACGCUUGCGAGCAGGAAUUUCGAGCUCUUACAGCUAGAUUUAAUUCCGUCAAGGACACGGCUACCGCGACCGUUUUGCCUGUUCCUAACACAGAACCCGUUGUUAGCACGGCGCCGAUAAACGUAAAUGUCACUUGCGACCGUGGUAGUCACAAUGAGCUUUGCAAGAUCAAGUUUGAUGGCAAGUCUUGCGUCCGUGCCUUCGUGGAACGCAUAACGGAAUUUUGUCAGGCUAGGUCUAUUUCGGACACGAAACUUUUGUCUUAUGCCACAGAGUUCUUUACUGGUGAUGCGCUACACUGGUACCGUAAUGUUAAGGGUCAAGUGUCCAGCUGGGUUGAACUCGCCACGUUGCUAAAACAAGAUUUCGGUCAGAGAGACUAUGAUUAUAGGCUCGGUAAUGAGAUUCGUUCACGCACGCAGGGUGAAUCAGAAAACAUUACCGUGUAUCUAUCAAUUAUGGCUGGUUUAUUCUCGCGCCUCUCUAAACCUUUACCUGAGGACGAGAAAUUAGAGAUACUCCUCCAUAACAUUAGGCCUUGCUAUGCCAGUACUUUAGCGUCAGCAGCCGCGAUCACUGACAUAGACACUUUACGUAAUCACUGUCGUAACUACGAAAGCAUUCAGGCACGUCUUGCUGACUUUCGUGAACCACCCAGGCGGACAGCUGACACCUUGGCACCUGAGUUUGCUUAUACUGGUAUUAAUUAUAACAAAAACAAUAACAACAAUUACAACAAGAAUUUCACGUACAAGAAUAACAACAAUAAACAGUAUAAUCAAUUUAAUUCUAAUCACAAUAAUAGUAGACCUUAUACUAAUAACAAUAAUUUCAAUAAAUAUAACAACAACAUGAAGCAAGUACAUGCAGUAACUACACCCUCUGCCAAAACCUUAUUUUGCCCUAGAUGUCGCAACAAUAGCCACAACUUGCGUCAGUGUCCAGCAAAUAAAGAUGAAGUUUAUUGUUUUAAGUGUGGUCAUAAAGGUGUCAAGUCCCCAGAUUGCCCUAGUUGCAAAAAGGAUAAACCCUCCACCUCAAAAAACUAAAUAGUCGAAAUUGUGUCAACCAUCUCGUUAAUCAUUUCGAUCCUGUAGAUUGGGGCAAAUGGCUGAAAACUAUUAACAUUUUUUUCAGUUCGUAUAAGAUCGACGCAAUUCUGAAUGAUGAUCCCAGUAUUGACAAUCGUCCUUAUGCAACGGUACAAGUUAAUGGUAUUAAUAUGACAGGUUUGCUCGAUUCUGGUGCUGCCAUAACUGUGUUAAAAAGUGAGGCUCAUCAAGCACUCCAAGGUUUACCGAUUCAUAGGGAUCAAUGUAUUUCAGCUAUAGGGGCUGGCAAUCGUGUUAUGCAGAGCCGGGGUUACUUUAACUUGCCUGUACAUUUUCAAGAUAAGUUCCAUUUUAUUACUGCACAUAUUGUACCAGAUGUAAACACGGAUUUUAUAUUAGGCGUAGAUUUUUGGCGUAAAUUUAAUAUUCUCCCUAACUUAAGUAGCAUUACUUUUCCUAAUGCCUCAGUAGUUGAAGAGGAACCGAAGCCUUAUAAUCCUACGUUUAUUCAUGGUUAUGAUCAUUUAAGCGUUUCGGAGAAGUCCAUUGCCGACAACAUUAUUUCACAGUUCGAGGAUAUUUCUACCGAACGCAAAGGUUUGGGUAAGACCAGUCUCAUUGAACACCGUCUAGAUACUGGUGAUGCGCAGCCGAUCCGGCAACGGUAUUAUCGUAUGUCACCUGAGAAACAACGUAUCCUCGUCGAACAGGUUGACGAAAUGCUUAGUCUCGACGUCAUCGAGCCCUGCGAAAGCGCCUGGUCUUCACCUGUCCUGCUAGUCACAAAGAAGAAUGGCCAGCCUCGUUUCUGCCUCGAUAGUCGCAAGCUGAAUUCAGUUACUCGAAAGGAUGCGUAUAAUUUACCUUAUGUCACGGAAAUAUUGGACAACCUGCGUGACGCUCGCUACCUUACGAGUAUCGAUUUGUCCAAAGCCUUUUGGCAGAUUCCAAUUGCUGUCGAGGACAGAGACAAAACUGCUUUUUAUGUCCCUGGACGUGGUACAUUCCGUUUUAAAAGAACCGCAUUUGGCCUCACAAAUGCGCCAGCAACGCAGCAACGUUUAGUUGAUCUGCUCUUUAGAGAAUUUGACUUAAAGGUCUUUGCCUACUUGGAUGACAUAAUUAUAGUUUCUGAAGACUUUAAUUCUCAUGUGUCACUUCUUCUGCGGGUAUUGGAUAAACUUCGCCAAGCGAACCUGACAGUAAACUUGGAGAAAUGUCAAUUCUUUAGAAGUCAGCUUAAAUACUUAGGAUAUGUUGUUGACAGCCAUGGUCUUCGCACGGACCCAGGUAAGGUUGACGCCAUCUUAAACUAUCCGACACCUACUAGUGUCAAGGACAUAAAGAAAUUUUUAGGAACUGCCACCUGGUACCGUAGGUUUGUGCCACAGUUCAGUACGAUAGCGGGUCCCCUUAAUCAGUUGACAUCCACCAGGAAGGGUAGACCGCCUUUCAAGUGGACUCCUGAAGCCGAUGCUGCCUUUAGCAAGCUGAAGGAAUGCUUAGUUUCAGCACCAGUGCUGUCUUGCCCCGAUUAUAACAAGCAAUUCGAGGUACAUACUGAUGCGAGUAACUAUGGCGUAGGAGGUUUGCUGACUCAAACAAUUGACGGUAAGGAGCACCCGGUAGCUUACAUGAGCAAAUCAUUGACACCGGCUGAACGUAAUUACAGCAUAACUGAGCGUGAAACACUCGCGGUAAUUAUAGCUCUGGAGCAUUGGAGGUGUUACUUGGAGAAUGGACAGCCGUUCACUGUCUUUACAGACCACAGUGCCUUAAAGUGGUUCCUUUCUCUAAGUAACCCUACCGGUCGUCUGGCUCGCUGGGGCGUGCGUUUGUCGUGUUUUAACUUCGAACUCAAACAUCGUAGAGGCGUGGAUAAUGUGAUUCCCGACGCUCUUUCCAGAGCAGUCCCUAUUAGCGCUAUUGAUUUGUCUAAUUCUUACCUUAAUACAUCUGAUGCAUGGUAUAAAAAUAUUUAUAACUCUUGCCUAACAAAACCUCAAAAUUUUCCUAAUUUUUUAAUUAAAAACGGUUCUUUGUAUAGACUGUGUAAAAACAAACACGAGCAAACCUCCGAGUUCUCUUGGAAGGAAGUCGUCCCAAGCGAAUUUCGUCACGAUGUUUUGGAACAAAAUCAUUCCGAACCCAUGGCUGGACAUCUAGGUAUCUUUAAAACGUAUCGUCGAUUGGCGUUGAGAUAUUUCUGGCCAGGGAUGCAUAACGACGUCGUAAAAUUUGUAGGCUCGUGCAAUAAGUGUUUACAGUAUAAACAUCAAAACCAUCUGGUGCUUGGUGAAAUGGGUCGUCCCAAACAAUGUUGUCGUCCCCUUCAAAUGGUUUUGAUUGACCUCAUGGGCCCUCUGCCUAUCACUCGGAAACAAAACCAAUAUAUCCUGGUCAUAACUUGUUGUUUUUCAAAAUUUUGCUUGAUUUUCCCUAUUCGUAAUGCCACUUCAAUUAUAAUCACCAAAAUAAUAGAGGACCAACUCUUUUUAGUUCAUGGGGUUCCUCAAACAAUUUUUCUCGACAACGGCAGUCAAUUCACAAGCGGCAUGACCGUAGAUUUGUUUAAAAAAUAUAAUGUACCCAAUGUAUUCUAUACGCCUAGAUACACACCGCAGGUUAAUCCCGUCGAGCGUCAGAAUCGCACAAUUGUCACUUGCUUAUCAACAUUUGUCAAUGAAGAUCACAGGACCUGGGACUUGUUUAUACCAAAGGUACAAUUUGCCAUAAAUAAUUCUGCAAAUGAAGUAACGGGUUACACUCCUUCGUUCCUUGUAUAUGCCAGAGACCUUGUGACUUGCGGUACGCAUUAUGUGGAUAGUGACCUCGGUAGGAACUUAAUGUUCUUACCACGUGACAUUUACGCCGAAAACCUAGGUUGUAUGUCUGAAAUAUUUGAUAAUGUACAGGCAAAGUUAUAUCAAGCUCAUGCAAAGAAUACCGCUCAUUAUAAUCUACGUCGUAAGCAUGUCGAAUUUAAUGUGGGAGAUAUAGUCAUGAAACGUGCUUAUGUUUUAAGUGACAAAGAUAAGUUCUUUAGUAAAAAACUAGCCCCGAAGUUUCUACAAUGUCGUAUUGUUGAGAAAAAGUCGCCUUUGGUUUAUGUUUUGGAGGACAUGUCUGGUAGGAAUUUAGGGACUUGGCACAUAAAAGAUUUAAAAUUAUCAAGCUUGAAUAAAUAAUGUUAGUAAAAAAAAAAAAAAUGUUGCAUUAAUUCCCAAAUCGCGCUGUUAACACCUAUCUUAGUGCAUGAAAUGUAUUUGUAUUGGUUUCCAGUUGAAUGACAACUGAUUACCUACAAAAGUCUGGGCGCAUUAGCAUCUGUAGUUGAAAACUAGGUACUAAUGUUUUUUUAUGAUUGCGUGAUGUAUUUAUGAUAGAUAGAUUGAAAGAGUAAAUGCAAAUACGCAAACGUAUAUUGCGCGGAUUUUAUUCUGAGGAACAAAAUCCUUUUCCGGCGCGAGGGGGUAAUGUAACGUUGUACGUAUACGUAUAACGUACAUGUUUUAAUUAAGUAUAAGUUUUCCCAGCUCUAAAUAAUAUAUUUUUUCCUUAACGACUGUACUCGCGGCCGGUCCAGCGACUACGUCAUGGAAAGCUCGAGAUGCAGCGGGGCGAGCGCCUUGUCCUUCCGUUGACCGCCAGGGCAGCCAGUCCGCGCCACACCCGAUAAGAUACGCACGUACGGCCGCGCACACGGAGCAGUGUCGUCUCGCGCGCCGUACGAUUUUUAAAUUCUUAAUUUUAAUGUUUGUGAGCGCGGACAAUUAUAAUUAUUAUUCAUAAAAUUAAUCCGCGACGCUUUCGCGCAUUAUAGUUAAUCCCACACCCACGUACUGGGUGCGUCGUUAUUUUUAAAAAUAAUCUCCGGUCGAAGAGACCCUCGAGCCUUCACCACCUCGACGGCAGGGCUGGAGCCCUAGUCGUUCGCCCGCCGUCGCCUCGGCUCCUCUUCUGCGCUGUCGUGACACCCACCAGCUGCGGACCUUUCGACCAGCCAGGGCAGUACCACUCCGGGUGCAAAUUUAAGACCGGCCAUAGAGUUCCACGACCCUUUAUUAAAUUCUAGUUUUUUUUAUAUAUAAUAAAGUAUUUUUGUUAACGUA